GGAUUAAAAUUGAAAUUUAAAUUGGGUUUCAACGCCAGUGGUGGUGGUGGUGGGCCCAUCAAAUGACACACGCCAUCAGAGACACGCCGGUGCCGUGGUUGAAGUCCGCAUUCCUUUCUUCUCCGCCAAAAAAGAAAGACUUGGCCAACCCUAACAAACAUCAUCAAGAUUGCAUCGCCAUUAAUGCCCAUAGCAAAACCUCUGUUCACAAGCUUCUUGAGCUAGUGGAGUUCAAGCUGAAGGAAGUGAUUUCGAGGGAACCUACUCUACUUGUUUUCAUGAUUGGCGUUCCUAACAUUGCCAAGUCGGUUUUAAUUAAUUCAAUCCAUCAAUUGCAUCGUCUUGCUUUCCUGGAGAAGAUGAAGUGUGCUACUGUCGUCUCACUGCCUGGUGUUACUCAAGAUAUUGCUGGAUACAAGAUUGCGCAUCAGCCUAGCAUAUAUAUCCUAGAAACUCCGGGUGUAUUGGUUCCAAGUAUCCUUGACAUAGAGACAGAACUGAAGCUGGCUCUUGCAGGUAUCAUGCUCUUGCAAAUAAUUUCUCUUUAG